CACGACGUUCGCCUAGAACUGUUAUUUCCAUUUAACUCUUUACAGAAACUAUCACACUGACGUGUUUAACUAACUAAAGCUCCCAAAUUUACAAGAUUAGACCCAGAAAACAACCUGUAGGCGGAAAUGAAACUGAAAACAGGUGGUUUUAUCUGAACUCUGCGUCUGUUAAAGGGUAGAACUGGUUAAAAACACGAUAAAGAUCCAACUGAGACGCCGCCGUUUGUGGGAAGUCCUGCUGAAUGAGUGUGUGAGUCACCGGGUGUACGUGUGUGUGGAGGCCCUGCUUUCAGUGUCAUGGCGGUCGGCAUCAUGUCAGCAUCUCUGACGGCGCUUUGCCUCCUCGGAGGUUUCCUUCAGGUGUUCGGCCACGGCGAAGUGUUUCGUGGGGCUCCUGGGGCCCACACUGUGUUCCUGCGGUCCAAACGGGCCAACCAGUUCCUGGUGGAGGAGAUCCUGCAGGGGAACCUGGAGAGGGAGUGCUAUGAGGAGCUCUGCAACUACGAGGAAGCGCGAGAAGUCUUCGAAAACAAUGAAAAGACGGUCGCCUUCUGGACUGUUUAUUUAGAUGGGGACCAGUGUAUGCCCAACCCCUGCCUCAAUGGUGGAAACUGCACAGAUAAGGUGGGGGGGUUUUCCUGCUCCUGCAGCGCCCCCCACUACGGACAGACCUGUGAACUGGGAGCACUGGAAGAGCAGGAAGAGCUGGAAGAUAGAGUACAGCCAUCGAGUAUGCCACAAUCCUUUGCACCAGAUUUGACUGACACAGAUAAGGGGAAGGCCGAGGUCCACAAGCACGAAUUGUCUGAGUGUCCGACUGAAGGGCCGACGGCUUGUCACCAGCUGUGCACGGCGUCCUCCCGCUCCUUCACCUGCUCGUGCACGACGGGGUUCAAACUGCAGAGCGACGGGCGGAGCUGUGAGCCCAAAGUGAAGUUUCCCUGUGGAAGGCUUCCCGACGCCGACGCCUUGAUGUGUCGCCAUGGCAACUGCCCCUGGCAGGUGUCGCUGCAGAACAGCAGAGGGGAGGAGCUCUGUGGUGGCGUGGUGCUGGGUCGGUACGCGGUCCUGACCGCAGCCCGCUGCCUCCUCCUUGAGUCGGGAUCUGAUCUCCGACCUUCUGACUUCCAUGUGGUCGCUGGCAACGACAAAAUGCUUUACCCAGUCAAUGCUCUGUACCUUCACGACCGUUUCCAUGUAGAUCACCAUGACAACGACCUGGCCCUCAUAGAGCUGGCUACGCCACUGCCCUUGGGUCCCACCAUCAUCCACCUCUGCCUGCCCACCAGGGACUUCAGCGAAAACAUCCUGAUGCAUUCUGGGAGAAGCGGCGUCAGUGCCAGAAGGGGGCGGAGCCAGAACAGGGACCUGGUCUACGUGAAGCUGGAGGAAUGCCGCAGGAAGCUGAACGUCUCUCAUUCGCUCAGCAACAAAAUGUUCUGCAUGAAGAGGCUGAACGGAGCUCAGAGGAAGCUGAACGCCCUCUUGGGCAAUGAAAGUCGGUUGUCAUGGAAACCUAAAGAUGCCCCAAGUCCAAACAGACCUUUAGAGAACCAGAUCCAGAAUCAAACUCAGAGCAUGCUGAACAUGAUGCCAAAUGGGACAGAAAACUCCACCAGCAGUUCGAGGAGUCAGAAGCUCCAGUCGUCACAUGGCGGCAGCAGGACGCCGUGUGGCGGCCCGUUGCCAGGGUCACCUGUUGCUACGGCGGAGAAAGGCACAGCCUUCCUGACCGGGCUGCUGAUGUCAUCGUCCGCAAGCUGCGACGGUCAGGUGUUCACCAAAGUGUCACGCUACCUGAACUGGAUCCGACCAAGGCUGCAGGUGGCCGAGGACCACAUGACCCCCCAGGUCAGCGAGUACCCCGACAGCCGCUGAUGGCCAGCCGCCAUCUUUAACACUCGUUUAAAGAGGAGCUGGUUUCACCAAAUGAACAUUUAACAAAAAAAUAUCCUUUUCCAGCUUUUCUGCCUCUGAAGCUUUUAAACAUCAAGUUUCUGGCUUUUAAAAUGUAUUUGAAAUGUGUAAAUUAAAUGUGUUUAGUUUGAAUAAAUACAUUAAAAGGUU